CACAGGAUUCCUCUCCGAUUCAUCUGCCCACCUCCUUCCUGGCCAGGCCUCCUCACAGGGUCUCGGUCAUCUCUGGUGCACCCCUAGUCGUGCCGGUCUCAUCCAGCUCUGUGGAUGGCUUGAUGCAGAAACUACUGCAUGCACAGCCCAGGAAUUGUCUCCGCAUUCCAGGCCACAGUAGGUACCAGGCACCUGGCCCUGACUCCAGCUCCCCACUGGAACGACUGCUUUGCAUAGCAAGGUCGGCGAUGUUUCUGAAGCCGCCAGCUUUACAAGAAAGCGGCCAGGGUCACCGUGAAACCUCCAUGGACAGGCUGCACAGCCCCCAAUGGCACAUCCUUUCUCUACCGUGGCCGGUGCUGCAGAAUGAGAGAAGGUAUCUCUGUGAAAAUGUUGAAAAUCUCCCUAGGAAUUCCUCAGGCAAGGCCGACUUGAGAAACGCCGUGGACAGCUGCCCGGCCAGCCCUCCGGGACCACGCAGGACACCCACAAGGCACGCCUUUCCGUCCCCGCCCCCCAUGAGACUCCCUGGAGCCACAGGCACUGAUCGAGGACAUGCUUUGGAGGCCCCUGUGCAGGAGCUGAGCCACCUGACCAGCGCUGUCUUCAGCAAGAGGAGCGCCAGUGCCAGGAGUUACCACGUCAGCAGUGCACACACGCAGCCCAGCUUACCAGCCACCCACUCCACCCAGGAGGCAGCUUCCCACCCGGAGGGGUUUGAAAAGCCACAGACCCUCCUGUCCCCUCCACCUGCCCCAGACUCCCCAGCAUCCUGCCUUUGUCCCAUUCUCCUGGGAGAGGAAGGCGCCCUCUUUUCCAAGGGGGCUCAGGUGGCAUGAGUUAAGCCACUGCCCAUUUGAGGGCGGUGCCACCUGUCUGCCAAGGGCCCCGAGGCUCCCUGGGCCUGCUCAGACGCACCUGCCUCUUCCCCUUCACGAACCCUGAGCUCAGACAGCCGGGCACGCAUGCUGCACCUGGAGCUUCCUUCCUGGCCAACUGUGGAAACCACAGGGAGGAUUUCCAGCUCAGCUCCAAUGCCGCCUCCCCUGCCGCCCCUCCCACCUCUCCCCUGCUGCCCCGUGUCUCCCGAGGACUCAGUCACAUCCAGUCACUUCUGUGCCCAAAGCAGCCAGGCUCCCAAAGCCCUCUACCGCCCUCCCGGGCCACAGGGCCCUGACACUCCGGAGCAGUGGUUCUCAACCUUCUGGCCCUUUAAA